AUGUCCAACCAAAGCAUUCUUAGAAUCACCCGCGAACUCGGCGAGAUCCAGCGCGGCUCCGACCUCUCCAUAGCCGUUGCCUGCCGCGAUAUUGACGUGCGCCAUGUGCGGGCGCUAAUCAUAGGCCCACCUGACACUCCCUACGAGUUCGGCUUCUUCGAGUUCGCUGUUAAGUUUGCGCGCGAAUACCCUACUAAAGCUCCGAGUGUCACGGCUAUAACUACCCAUGGUGGGCGUACGCGAUUCAAUCCCAACAUAUACGCGGGCGGCAAGGUGUGCCUAUCGAUUCUUGGUACAUGGCGAGGAGAGCGUGGUGAAGAAUGGUCGUCUGCCCAGGGCCUCGAGUCUAUCCUUAUCUCCAUCCAGAGCCUUAUGUCGAGCAACCCGUACGAAAAUGAGCCUGGCUUCGAGGACGCAAAUUCGGACUACGACAAGAAGAACCAGGAGGCAUACGUAGACAAGAUCCGACACGAGUCGCUGCGCAUAUCCGUCAUCGAUCGCCUGGAAGAAUACCUAGGCAUCAAUUGGGGGAGGUCUGGCGUGACGGUCUACAACGCGGAAGAGGACUACCAGUCGAGCAGGGACGACGCGCCCUUCGAGCCCUUCAAGGACCUCUGCAAGCGACGCUUCCUGUGGUACUACCAAUCGUAUCUAGCUCGCGUGGACGAGGCAGUGAAGAAGAACAAGGAUGGGGACCGCUUCGAGAAGAUGCCGUUCGAGGGCCCGGGCAACGCGAUGGAGGGCACAUUCCAGUACACACAGCUCCGCGAGCGCCUGGUCAAGAUCUUCGAGACCCUCAACAAGGAGAUGGAGGCUUGGGCCGCCGAAGGCAUGAUGGCUGUUAGCAAAGAGAUGAGCAUUGCCAACAACCUCCAGCGCCAGUAUGAGCAGAUCAUCGAGAAAUACAAGAAGCAGGACGCCGUCACAUUGGAUCUUGACCUUGUUGAUAAGAACCCAUUCGUAUGGCAGCUGGUCCUGUUCGGGAGACCUAUGACGAACCUCGACGGAGGCAUGUUCCGGAUUAUGCUAUAUAUUAGCCCCAAGUUCCCAGAGGUUCUACCGCGUGUUAGAUUUGAGGGUAAAACACCGGUUCUCUACCACCACCGCGUAUCGCCCGAUGGCAUACUCUGCUACGAUGCUGCCCGUAAGGACGACAUGCGCUCACAUAUCGAGGCCAUCAUUGCGGCUAUCGAGGAGGAGUCACCUGCAUACGACCCACGCACACUGGUCAAUCCCGAGGCUGCAACGCUGUUCUGGGGCACUCCAGACGAAAAGAAGCUCUACAACCGUAAACUGAGGCGAUCCGCACAGGAUAGCGCUGAGUGA